UAGACCACAAUGGAACACAAGGGGACAGUGGACACGGAAGAUGAUUUGGCAUUAUUACCACGCCUUGCGCCCAGUCCUCACAGUGAAGCAGUGGCCCACGAAUUUCAAGAACUCUCUUUGCAACCAAACCAAUAUUUGCCUCCUCUCAAUGAAAGGAAGAAUGUUCUUCAGCUGAAACUACAGCAAAGGCGAACAAGAGAACAGCUGGUGGACCAGGGAAUCAUGCCACCUUUGAAGAGCCCAGCUGCGUUUCACGAGCAAAUAAAAAGUUUGGAAAGAGCUAGGACUGAAAACUUUCUGAAGCAUAAAAUACGCAGUAGACCUGAUCGAUCAGAAUUAGUCAGGAUGCAUAUUCUUGAAGUAUCCCCCCUUAGCAAUACCAGGAGCUGACUUUUUGAAGCCACCUGUCACAGAUCAGCAUGUCACACGGACAACAACUGCUGCUCCUCUCACCACAAAUUCUGUGACUGCCACAAAACACUGCAGUGGGCCAACACUAAUAAAGCAACCGCACCCCAAGAACCCCAGUGACAGACCCCGGAGCAAGAAGUCCAAAGAACCUAAGCCCAGAGUGAAGAAACUGAAGUACCACCAGUAUAUCCCCCCCGAUCAGAAGUUAGAGAAAAACGAGGCCCCGAUGGACUCCAACUACGCUCGUUUGCUGCAGCAACAACAACUCUUUUUGCAACUGCAAAUCCUGAGCCAACAGCAACAACAUUACAAUUAUCAGACAAUUCUUCCUGCACCACUCAAGCAAAUAAAUGACAAACAGGGUAACACUGGGAAUGUACCACUCAAUGCUUUGAACAACAGCAUCUCUUCAGUAGCUGUCAGCACACCCAGACCGAACACUAAUAUUUCAAACAGAAAGCCAGGACCUCUUCCUCCUAGUUUGGAUGAUCUGAAGGUAGCUGAACUGAAAAUGGAAUUAAAGCUAAGAGGAUUGCCUGUCUCUGGAACUAAAAUGGAUCUCAUUGAGCGACUGAAACCCUAUCAGGAUCUGAAUAAUAAUUCCGUUGGCACAAGUAAUACAGGGACGGCUUCCAGUAAUGGAGCCAGCAAACCCGGAGAAGUCACUGCGCCAUUUCCUGCUGCAGCAUUUAAUAAGCCGGCAGUGAAUUCUGCUCCCAGUACUUCUUCGGAAACAGCACCUGUCGGAACCGGCAGCAAAACGGGAGCCCUGGAACACGCAGGGUCCCCUCUGCCCAUUUCCCCAGCUCCUUCGGAACAGUCCAGUCUCGGAACGGACGAUGCCAGCAUGGCCGAUACAUUGACGGAAAUCAUGACCCUGAUGUCUCCGUCGCAGUUCCCAAGCGCUUCCCCUCUCCGAACGGCCGCCAUCCACGAAGACGGCGGAAAUUCAUCCGGCAUGGACCUGGACACCACGGAGAAGGACCGCAAGCUACAAGAGAAAGAGGAGCAGAUCGAGGAGCUCAAAAGAAAACUGGAACAAGAACAGAAGCUGGUGGAAGUGCUGAAGAUGCAACUGGAGGUUGAGAAGAGGAGUCACCAGCAGCAGCAGCAGCACGCUCAAGCUUCUGCCAAUACGCCAAUGACUUUGAAUCCGCCGCGUAACAGCUCCUCCGUCAAAGAAGAAGGCGCCGUGGCAGACAGCCCCGAGGCAAGGCAGUUGGUCUCUGAUGCCAGCCAUGCCUUAGGGCAGCCCAGGUCAGCAGAGAUCCAAAACCUAGUUGCCAAAAAGGCCAUGGUCAUCAAGCAAGAGAUACCUUUGGCCCAAGCUGAGCCGCAGAACGUCCUAUCUCAGUUCUACGUAAGUUCACAGAGACAGCCCCAAACGGCGGUCAUUGCCCAACCUCAAGCUCUGCUGGCUGCCACGGGGACCGCCCAGCUGCUCCUGCCACUGUCCUUGCAGGGUCCAAAUUCAGCCGCUUCGGUGCAACUGCCUGUCAGCAACAUCCAGGUUCAAACACAAGCUGGUAUUCCAACCAUCACCCAAGUAUCUACUUCUAAUUUGGUCCCCAAAGUGCCACAGAUGCACCUGUCAGCCCCCAAACUCAAUGCUUCCCCACAGCAUGCAGCUGGCCAAACCUCAGAGAACAGAAAGGUAUUUCCUCCUACCUCACCUAACACAGUCUUUUCCUAUCAGAAUUCGUCUGCUACAAACCUUCAGCAACCUUUGUUUAAGCCAGCCUCAAAUACGACGCCUCACUCAGGGAACCAAGCACCCCUAGUGCAAAAUGGACCGAAUCCUCUUCAGAAGGUAGCGCUUGUUCUCCAUUGUAGAAGCCUGUCCCCCCGAAAGAGCAUCGCUCGAAGGCUUGAGACAGCUCACCUGGGAUGAUCAGAGUGCACCUCUUUGCAGUGUUGGGGAUUACCUCUUACGCCCAGGG